UUAGUGUUUUUUUUUGUUUACAUUAUAACACGUGCAUAUGUAGCACGUGGUUGGUAUUAUAUUUAUUGUGGAUUUAUGAAGAAGGGAUCAUGGAAAAUAUGAAGUUUAUAGUGAAACGAGUGACAGGUGAAAGUCUUGUUGGAGCCCGCCCGGAGUUUUCUUCUAAUGGAAUGAUUCUGUUUGUGACGUCCGAGAAUGUGGUCCGGGCGUACAGCACGCGGACUGGGAAGCACGUCCGGGACUACGAGGGACUCACCGCGAAGGCCGUCGGGGUCCGACUGCACCCUUCGAACCCCCAGCUGCUGCUGGCGUGCUCCCAGUCCGGGGAGCUGGCGCAGUGGAAGUGGGAGACAGAUCUGCCCCCUAAAGUGAUAAACCUUAAGAUUUCCUUUCACUGGUUCGCAGUGACAGGUUUCGACGUGGUCGACCAGUUGCCAUAUUAUGAAGUCGUCAUCACAUUUCAGAGUAUCAAAAACAAGCCAGAGAAAUUAAUGGUGUUCAACAGUGAAACAGGAGAAUGCACAAACAAGAUAAAUUUUACUCUGAGAGAUAAUGGACAUAACUUUGCGGUUGGCGGUGAGAAGGGCAGCAAGUUUGUUGCAGGAAUAUCCUCAGUCCUGCUGUACAUAUUUAACUUGCAACGCAAUGAAGACCACAGGGAGAGGCUCGGCGGGGACCGGGUGUUCACGUGCGUGGCCUGCCACCCCCGGGAGUACACGGUGGCCGCAGGGGACAACACUGGCCGCGUGCUGCUGUACCAGGGCUGCCUGCGGGCCCCCAAGUGUGUCUGCACCGUGUACCACUGGCACUCGCUGCCCGUCGUCGCGGUCGCCUUCACCCACGAAGGGAGCGUCUUCUUCAGCGGAGGGGAGGAGAGGGUGCUGGUGAAGUGGCCCGUGGCCUCGCCCCAGGAGAAGACGUUCGUGCCGAGGAUGGCCGACACGAUCUGCCACAUUGCCGUCGCCCCGCAGAACUCCGCCAUCGCCGUCAGUCUGGGCGACAACGGGAUCAGCGUGCUGGACCCGCAGCUGGCGCUGGCCUGCCUGGUCCAGCACAGCUCGUCCCGGCGGGACGCCAUGCACCGCUCCAGCCUCCCCGGGCGGCCGCUGUUCCCCGCGGGCCUCCACCUGGACCCCCGCUCCCGGGCGGUCGUCACCAACGGCCGGGCGGGCCACCUGCAGUUCUUGGACCGCCAGUCCGCCUGCCUCGUCUACAACCUGGACGUGACGGGCAUGACCUACCUGGCCCAAGAGCGGACCGCGGAGCUGGCCAACGUGGACGUGGCACGGCUGGCGCUGAGUGGCGACGGCGCCUGGCUGGCGACGGCCGAGCAGUGCGAGGAGCCCGGGAAGCCUGCAGCGCACGUCCGCCUCAAGUUCUGGAACUUCGACGUCGUCAAGCAGAAUUUCUGCCUGAACACGUCGGUUAGGGACCCCCACUUCGGUGCCGUGCACUCGAUACAGUUCCAGCCCGUCAUCCCCGACGAGCCGCUCAUGGCCGCCACAUCGGGGGAGGACAACAAGCUCAAGCUGUGGAUCCUGGCGGAUUCCAGCAGCAUCUACAAACAGGGCGUGGUGUGGCAGUGCGACAGCGUCGGUUCCUUCCGGGACCUCCCCGCGGGCCCGCUGAGCUUCUCCGCAGACGGCUCCGUCGUCGGGGCCGCCUUCGGCCCCUCGCUGACCCUGUGGGUGCCCGAGACGGGUCAGCUGAAGACGAGCCUCACUCACUCCAAGCUCAGCUCUGCCAUCAGGCACGUGGUGUUCGGCCGGCUGAGCUGCUGCCACCUGGCGUGCGUGGCGACGGAUGCGGGCCUGGCCGCGUGGAACCUGCUCACGCUGACCCUGGACUGGGUGGCGUCGGUGCGGCUGAGCGCUCUCGUCCCCGACCCGAGGUCGGAGCUCGUGGCCGCCAUCUCCGCCACCAACCAGCUGUUCCUGUUCGUGCCGUCGUCGAGCGAGGUGCUGCUCAGCCAGUCGGAGCUUCUCCCCGAGGACACGUCUGUGGUGGCAGCAGUGUUCGCUCCCCACCAGAGGGCCGGCAGCAGCUACAGGGAGGAGUCGCAGAUUGUGUUCCUCAACUCCAAACAGGAGUUGAUGGUGCUGGAGAGGAGAAGCGACUCAGAAGAGAGCGGCAACGCGUCCACGCUCAGUAGCUUGCCGUUUGAGGCGGACGUCCCGACCGCCUUCGCGACGUACCUCGGCAAGCAGAGGCGGACGGACGCGGAGGCGCCCGAGAAGAAACUGCAGCGGCACCUGGGCGAGCCGGCGAGGCAGGCCGUCAGGCAGUUGCUGGCUACUCCGGCACACACCAUGAUCUCGGUAGCUCGACUUUGCCAGCCUUUCUUGCUGUCGUUCCUGGACACAAAGCCAAAGACCGGACAGAAGGACAGUGGAGUGGCCUCAAUGACCGAGGACUCCGGAGACGAUGGCAGGGACAGCAGCGACGUGGCCGCGCCUCCGGGCGAGCGGAAGGCACACCCGGCGCCCCGAGCCCCCUCCGUCCCCGAGACCGAGCGGAUGUCCUGGGAGGAGCGGCUGGAGCCCCUGCUGCGGCAGCCGCUGGACUGGGUCUCCCAGCUGGAGGGCUCGUGAGGCCAGCCGGCCACGACGAGACUGCCGCGCAGUGCUUUCGAUUGUCGCUCGUCCCAGCCACAGCACCGUGAUGUGCGGUGCACAGUGAAAUUAGGUUCAAACAUUAAGGGGUGUCCGUUUAUAAUGUCUCUACAUCAGGAGAUCAGCUGAUACAUUUCUGUUGAGGCCAUAACCUCCAGCACCUACAACACUACAACAUAUUUUCUAGACCUUUUGCCAGCUUCCAUGCUGUUUAGUUUCCCUAUUAAAGACAUCUCUAAAACUAAUGAAACUACAAAAAAAUUAACUCUUAUUAAAUGUGAAACUUUUUGGCAUACUUUAAGGUACAUGUGUAAUUUGUAAUUAAAUUUCUCUGUAAGCUUAGUGUUCAAUCAAUACUGUCUAGAUUUUAAAUAUGAGUGCUAUACAAACGAGCAUUUCUAAAUGUGAGUUAAUAAACCUUUUUUUAGUAAACAUGUUUGGAUUGUUGGAUAAUACCCUUUCUGUCUUUUUUUGUGUGUUGGAUUGCAUCAUUUUAAAGAACAAGAAGAUGAGUCUCCAGAAUCUUUGCUUAAUCUUGCCACUGGUAGGUUACGCUGAUCAGGCCACAGCAUUUGACAUGCUGGCUUCUAGGGACCUGCAUGCGCCGGUGUGCAACAACAAGGCGAGUUGCGACUGUGCUGUGGAGGCUGCCCUAGCUGGCCUUUCCCAUCACUCCCAGUGUGAUAUUUUCUUCCUUCUACAUGGUAGCAGUAACUCACUGGAAUACAAGUCUGAAGGGGUGCCAGCCAGCAGAAGCAAAUUGGUCCUACCACUUUUCAAUAUUGACAAAUGUAUAAGGUUCACAAAAAGAGAAACCAAACAAUCUUGAUUUUGUUGUGAUUCAUCUUUAACUGCUGGGGCUGACUCAACCCAGCCAACCACUCAACAACUUUCCCAACUACUAGAGAUCUCGGAGUUGCAGAAUCAAAAGCCUUAUUUUUAUUUAUCAGAACUUAAUGCUGCAUAGCCCAAGUGUGGUUAACCUGCUGUUGCUUACUGUAUGAUGGACAUCUCGCAUAUGGUUUGUGUGAGUUUCUGUUAAAAAGAUACUUAUUGCAAUAAUUAUCGAAGGUUUGCAGUUGCAAUCAUCUUUUGUUGCUGGAAAUCCUAAAUGGUCAUUAAAGUGCUUCACUGCAGUAAACAAAAAAAACUGCACUCUGUAGCCAUUUUGCAUUCAUGACCCUUUUUUUACUUUCAUUACGGGAAACAUGUUACUGCAUGGUGUAUUUCCAUAAAAAAAUAUUUUAUUGAAAAACACAGGUUCUAUAGAUGUUGUUUUACAGAAACUAUUAAAGGCAGUUUUUAACUUUGAAUAGGCCCGAGUCCGGACUAAAAUAAAUAAUUGAUAAAAAAAAUUUAAUUAUGGAUACAAUGUCUUUUUUAAAAGAAUUGGUACAAUCGCUUAUUCGGGUAAAAAAUGGUAUACCAAAUGGUUAUAUGAAUUUAAAGAUGCUGUUAUUUCCAUAUCAUACCUUUAUAUAGCAUUUUCUGCAUGCAGGGUUGGCGACUACGGCAGGGGUCUCAACAAGGUAGUCCCGCUGGCAAGAGGCAUGGGGCUCUGUCUUGUGUCAUAAGAGGUCAAAGACCUUGUUUUUUUUAGCAUGGCUUGCGUAUUUGUAACCUUGGGUCUGUGGCAUUGAAGACAAAUUAAUGAUUGAUUCCUCCGUGUCACGCUGACGAUGCAAGCGUGCCACUGACCACUGGAGGGUGUUCUUGACAGUACACCACACUGGUGGUGUUUGUGGCUAUUAUAAAAAUAUUAGCUCCUGCUAUCGUAAUUCUUCCAUCCAAACUAAUUAAUGUGGCAUUAGUAUUGCUGGACAGAAUCAGUGUACUUAUAUAAUGCAAAGAUGUUUUCUCUGUAUUAUUAAUGCUUCAAUAUUUGAAAGAAAAAAAUAAUAAUUUUCUCCUUCCUUUCAGCUACUACCAACAAUUAUUUUAACUGAAAGAAAAUGCACCUUUUAUACAUGAACUGUUGAUGGUAAGAACAGUUCAAACUAGCAUUUGAUCAAAACUUAAUGCUAUUUUUAAAUAAUGCAACAGACUGCCUGAAUUUAAGCAAUAACAAAACCACGAAGGUGGUUGCAGGACCAAAAUAGGGACAAUUGCAUAUGUGUACAAAAGUAACAAUAAGUGUUAUGUAAAGUGACCCUAAUGCUUGACGCCGUCCCCGCUGCCUGUUUUGAAAUUACGUUAACUGAAAUGAUUUAAAGGAAAUUUAGUCUCAAGGGCGGGGUUCCUGGUCUCGUGGCUGCAGGCAGGGACGCGUCGACAAAGGGCCCCCCGGGCUGUUAUGGCCUCCCAGGACGCCGUGUAAGUGAAAAUACACGUAACUUUGACUGUUUUAUUACGGUAACACACGGUACAGUAUGUCCCACAGGGCACUG